CUGACAAUAUUUCUUUGUAAUUUUUCUAUAUCCACCUCUUAAUCUCAAGUACUUGAUUUACACUCAAGCUAAACGUUGCAUUAAGCAUUAUCAGCAAAUUAAUUUAUAAAUAUAUUGUUUACCAGUCAAUGUGUUAUCGAAAGUGUCAUAAAUGCAAUUAAUUUCAAUAAUGUUAAACUGCAAAAUGGUAACGAAAAGACAUUCAGUUUCUCGUCAAUACUUAACCCACCAUGUCGGCAAUAAGUUUCUUUAAUCGCUGCAUUUGUGUGCUAUUAUUUUUGCUAUUGAAUCCGGGUCAAGUGUUUAAUAAUUUCCUAAAUCCAGAAACUGCAACUUUGAAGAUCAACUUUCUGAAGAAUAUCACAGAAAAUGUGCUCAAGGAAAAAAAUGCUGAUACUUUGUUGCUCCUGCAACGUGGACAAGACAUCAAUUGUCCUUUGAAUAUCUUUAUAAUCGAUGGAUUGCCGAUUCUACGCUUGGAUGAAUCUACUGUGGUUCCUAUUAAAUUUGUCUACAAUAGCCAAGCAAUUGCCUUAAUUUGCAUGUCCGAAUUGGCUGACUCCAUUCUCCUAUCAGUGCUGGCCAAGAAUCUGGAUCGCAUGAGGGAUGCACGCAUUCUUAUCUGGCUUGAAAGCUCUCAGGAGAAUCUAGAGGAAUGCCUUAAUAUUAUAUGUGAUUAUGCAAGGAAGUACAACUUUGUCAAUCUAAUAGUGUUGCACUCUUCGAAUUCACUUCAAAAAUCAAUUGUUGCCUAUCGACUUCAACCAUUUCCCGAUCCAAGUCUACGGCGAAUUUCGCAUAUAUUUAUCUCUACAAUUUUCCCUGAAGUCUGGCAUAAUUUUCACAACAAAUCUGCUUUGCUCAUCCCUUCGCUAUAUCCUCCGUCAAGUUUUAUACGCACAGAUAGAAAGUCUGGGGAACCGAAGCUUGUUGGGCACUUGGACGUUUUGAUGUUCGAGUUUGCAAAGAAGCAUAACAUAAAUGUAAAGCUACUCCGACCACUGAAUAAAUUGGUUAACGUCAGUCCUAAAAUAGAAUAUAAAUUGGUCUUAAACAAUAAGGUAGAUUUCGCGACAUAUUUUUCAAAUUGGGCACCCGACAUGGAAUGCACUUCUGUAGUAAAUAUGGCUCAUCAAUUCAUCGUAGUUCCUUGCGGAAAGCCUAUUGGCAUUGGAGAUGUCUACAAGAGUUUGAAGAACUUUGUAUUGAUGAUACUUGUCGUAUACUUGAUUAUCUCGUUAGUAACAACGCUAGUCGAAGCAGCAACAUGUCGAAUCUUUGGCCGAACAUAUAGAUUCAGUUAUGGAAACCUGUUUGUUAAUCUAAAUGCAUUCCGAUGGGUUUUUGGAAUAUCUAGUGAUGUACACAGGGACCGACGGAGCAUGUCUCUCCAUCAGAUCAUUAUGGUAAUGUGUAUCUUCAGUAUGAUUGGUUGUUGUUUUUUUAAUGCCAAUCUGAGCACUUUUUUAACUAAACGACCGCAGUAUGGCACCAUCAAGAACUUUAAAGAAUUGAAGGAGUCGAGACUUCCUGUAGUAUACGCUGAUAUAUUUCGUGAGAUUGUGUUAAAAGGUAUCAAGGCUAUUGAACUAAAUCUAACCGAAUCACAAAUCGUUUUUGUGCCCAACAAAAAGCGGAUCCGCAUGAUCUUGGCUCAGAAUACAAGCAAUGCUUAUCACAUAUUUGAUAAAUUUUGGGAAGCUAUCAAAAAAUACCAACAAAAUUACAAGAGAGAAGUUCUGUGUCAAACACCGGGAUUAAACAUUUUUGGAGUUAUACCAAAUCAAGCGAUCUUGCCACCAAAUUCCAUCUAUCUUCAGGCAUUAAAUAAUUUCAUUGACUGGGCACAAGAUUUGGGGCUUAACAAACACUGGAUACAGAGUUCCAUAAACCAAAUGAUUGCUUAUUCGACUCGAAGUCAAGAACACUCACACGCAACUCCGUUGAACUUCGAUGAUCUCAAAUGGGUUUGGUAUCUACUUGGAUUAUGCUAUAUAACUUCGAUUCUAGUCUUCGUGGGAGAAAUUUGUGUGAAGUUCUGGCAAACGCGACGUCAACCGCGACUUCAAUUCGUGGUCUAA